AUGAAGAUUGAUUUCAUCCUUUCCUUUGUUGCUCUCUUAGCACUAGCUGCUGCUCGACCUAUCCCCAAGGAGGCCAAGCUACUUCGCCGUGAAGUUCCGCAGGAACACUCCCACGAACAGUUCAUCACCACUGUCAGGGCCUCACUGAACCUCAACAACCCAAAUGGCUUUGGAGAUCCCGUUUUCGCACUCCUCGGGAACGAAGCCGCAGCAGAAGGCCUAGGACAGCUUGCCGACGUUGAAUGCCUCCAGCAAGCUAUAGCGGACCAAGCGUUCACCAAUGCCAAAGCUGCCAAUGAUGUCCAGGGUAUGGCAUCUGCUCUUAUCUACCGCGCGCUGGAGCGCAACACAGCCAAAGUAGGCCAGGUCUCUAACACUUGCACUUCCAUUCAAGCCAUCAACCCAGAGAUUGCCGUGCUUCAGCAGCAUCAGGAUCCAGCAUCACAAGGAGCGGCGGAAGGAAAUAAAGCCAUCGUUCUUGAGCUCGCGAAGCAGAUCUCCGCUAUUGGAGGCGAUCCUCAGGAGGCACUUAAAAGUGGAACCUUUCAGCCAGGAGACUUGGCCGAUGCAUCAGGCAAGGGAAACACUUGCGACGACCUAAAUGAUCCCGAGGGUUGCAUAUUCACGCAAAACCUCCUUGUCGAAGAUGCCACGGCGGACGAGAUCACUGCCGUUGUCGGAGGGGCUACUGGUGGAGGUUUUGCUGCUCCUGGUAUCGAUCCAGCAGCUGCCGCAGCUUCUGUUUCUGCUGCUGAUACAAAUCCAGCCCCGGCUACCAGUACGGGUUCUGGUAUGGCUGCUGGUGGAGAUUUCGCUGCUUCUACUGUCGAUCCAGCGGCUUCCGCAGCUUCGGUUUCUGCUGCUGAUACGAAUCAAGCCACGGCUACUGACAUGGGUACUGGUAUGCCUGCUGAUACGAACCCAGCCACGGCUACCGAUAUGGGUACUGGUAUGACUGUUGACGCCGCCGCUGUUGGUAUCGCUGUUGAUACUGCCGUCACUGUAGCUUCCGAAAUGGCUGUUGAUAUUGCUCCCGAAAUGGCUGUUGAUAUGGCUGCAGAGAUGGCACUCGACAUGGCUGCAGAAAUGAGAGUUGAUAUGGCUGCAGGAUCCGGUAAUGCCCAAGGAGCGCAACAAAUAGCAACUCAACCAGUAGCGAACGCCAACCAACAAGCCAACACCGGAACUGUCCAGAAUAACACCACAUCUACCGCUGUCCAGGCAGCAGACGUCCCCCUUGCCGCCGCUGGAGGCCAGAACGGAACAGCAGCAACCACACAAACAGGAGCAGCGGCGGCAGCAUCUGCAGGUCUUGAUUUCGGCUCCUGUCCUAACGCGGGUAUCGUCUUCGGCCCUGGUUUCGAUGGUCGCAAGGAAGAUUCCUUCCAGCCAGCGGAUACCACACAAUUCACCCAUGGUUCCGCGCAGAACAUUGACAUCAUCACCGACUUUAUGUGCGACCGAUUUGGCGACCGGUGUGGAGCCAACGAGGCGACGAAUGCGGCAUGCAUGGCUGCCACAGCGGCGACUAAGGGCAAGACAGGGCAGGCUGCCGCAACGGCAUGGAAUGAGGCUUUGGGGCUUACCAACGUCCCGAACCUCACUGGUGCAUAA